CAGAGUUUCUGGUAGCACCGGGAUGGAAGGAGGCGGCAGCGGCGGGCCCCCAGCCAGCGAGGCAGGAGGAGCAGAGACGGAGGUUCCCAGGAAGGAUGACGUCCUUCUUCUGGCCGAUGAAAAGUUUGACUUCGACCUGUCGCUGUCGUCUUUGAGUGCAAACGAAGACGAUGAGGUCUUUUUUGGGCCCGUUGGGCACAAGGAGAGGUGUGUCGCCGCCAACCUGGAGCUCGGCCGCCCAGGUCCAAGCCCCCCACAGCCUCCUUCGUCGGCGUCAGAAAGUCCCUUCCGCUGGAGCCCUCUCGCCGGGGAGAAGUUCGUGGAAGUUUACAAGGAAGCGCGCCUCCUGGCCCUGCAGAUCGAGAGCAGCAUUUCGAUGCUUUACUCGGGGGUUAGCAGGGGCCUGUCCUGGGAGGUGGCAGUGGACAGGGGUGCUGGUGGGCGGUCGGCCAGCGCCGGAGCUGCGGUCCUGGAGCCUCCAAAAGAGAAGCCGGCCAGUCCUUCCAGGAUGAAAAUCCCACACGAGAAGGAACCCCAUGGGGACAGGCCCCCCGACAAGGCCAGGGCUGCCCGGGAUGCCACCACCCUGCCAGCCAGCCGAAGCCACUUGGUCCAGGGCAAGCGAUCGCUCCCUGCUCCAAACAAGGUGACGGUGCGACGCCCAGGUUCUCUGGGGCACGGAGGCUGCAGUCCUGCACGUCGGCGGGGAGGCCUGCCCACGCCCGCCGGCCGUCGGCUCUCUGGCCUCCCAUUGGUGACCCCUAGCACCGUGCCCAGGACCCUGGCUUCUCCCCUGUGCGUGUCCACUCGGCAACUGUCGUCUGAGCCCCGGAGGACGUCUGCAGGGAGAAGCACCGGGCGCCCCCUCGGCGACCCCCCUCUCAUCGACCUGAGCCUCACCCCAGAGGCUCCCGUGGCUUCGGGACCUGGAAGUCGGCCUCUGCUCGACCUCCUGGCGAACACCCCAGACACAGACAGGAAAGCCAUGGCCAAGCCGCUCUCCGGGGUGGGACAGCUCAUAGACCUGUGCUCGCCGCUGAUCCAGCUGAGCCCCGAGGCCAACAAGGAGAACGUGGAUUCGCCGCUCCUCAAGUUCUGAGGGCAGAGCCGCCUUCACCUCCGUCUCUGCUGUGAGCACACACCGUCCUCACGUGGCUCCAGCCCUCAGACACCGUUUUAGGAGAAAUUAUAUUGGAAAAAAGUUUCAAAACCUCAGGGAAAUUCCUCGGGGGUGGGGCUGUGGGAUGGGGCGUCGGCCACCUGCGGUCACUACCGCCCUCCCUGCGCGGUGCCUGUCCGAGUCCACAUGGACUUUAUGAAUCUUUUUUAUGUAAAAUAGCAAAUGACUAUUUUAAGAACUAAGUUUGUAUAAAAGUUAAGUAUUCUAGGUUUAAGUUAAAUUGUAAAAUAAGCGAAGAUAUAUUAAAGCAUAUCUUGGU